AUGGCCGAUUACAACUUUGGCGGCUCAGACGAGGAAAAUGCAGAAUUGAAAAAGCUUAACGCUGAGGUGCUCGAAGAACCAGAUAGCUUUGAGAACUGGGAAAAGCUUGUACGGGCUGCAGAAGGCCUCGAAGGUGGUCUGAACCGGAAUUCCAGUCCCCAGUCAAUUGUGACUGCAAGAGAUAUCUACGAUCGAUUCCUGGCAAAAUUUCCACUACUGUUUGGGUACUGGAAGAAAUACGCAGAUCUCGAGUUUUCCAUCGCCGGGACAGAAGCGGCUGAGCUGGUCUACGAGCGUGGUGUCGCCAGCAUAACCAAUUCUGUGGAUUUAUGGACAAAUUACUGCUCGUUCAAGGUCGAGACCAGCCAUGACCCCGAUGUCAUCAGAGAGCUUUUCGAACGGAGCGCUGGAUGUGUGGGCCUUGACUUUUUGGCGCAUCCCUUCUGGGACAAAUACCUAGAAUUUGAGGAGCGUCUAGAAGCGCACGACAAGAUAUUUCCUAUUCUGGAAAGAAUUGUCCACAUCCCAAUGCACCAAUAUGCUCGGUAUUUCGAGCGUUUUCGACACCUUGCACAAACUCGACCUCUGAGUGAGCUCUUGCCUGCCGACCUCCUAGCGCAGUUUCGGUCUGAGGUCGAACGAGAAGGGCUUGCUGAAGGUGGCGAAUCGGGCAUAGAGAGGGCCGUGAGGCAGAAAAUAGAUAACUUUCAUUUGGAGAUUUUCAACCGAACCCAGACCGAGACAACUAGGAGGUGGACCUAUGAGUCAGAAAUCAAGCGUCCGUACUUUCACGUCACAGAGCUUGAUGAAAGUCAACUUGUCAACUGGCGGAAAUACCUCGACUUUGAAGAGAUCGAAGGAGAUUAUGCUAGAACAUCUUUCUUGUACGAGCGUUGCCUAAUAACUUGCGCGUAUUACGACGAGUUCUGGUUAAGAUACGCUCGAUGGAUGAUCGCUCAGCCUGGCAAAGAAGAAGAGGUCCGGCACAUAUACCAACGAGCCAGCACUUUGUAUACUCCGAUCUCAAGACCUGCGGCACGUUUGCAUUACGCCUACUUCGAGGAAUCGCUUGGCCACGUGGAGCUAGCCAAAGAUAUUCAUGAGGCGAUAUUGAUCAAUCUGCCAGGGCAUAUAGAAUCAAUCAUAUCGCUUGCCAAUGUUGCUCGGCGCCACGGUGGCCUCGACGCUGCCAUACAGAUCUACAACUCUCAGAUAGAUUCUCAGCAAUGUGACAUUUACACAAAGGCGGCCCUUGUCGCUGAAUGGGCAGGUCUGCUAUGGAGAAUCAAAGGCUCCGUUGAUGAGGCUCGACAGGUGUUCCAGAAGAAUCAGCAUUGGUACCUUGAUAGCCGACCAUUCUGGGUGAAGUACCUUGAAUUCGAAUUGCAGCAGCCUACAAGUGCUGCAACAGAGUCCAAUCAAUAUCAGAGGAUAAAACAAGUCCACGAUGAUAUUCGAAGAAAGAGCCGCCUCCCACCGUCCACCAUGAAAGACUUGUCCCACUAUUAUAUGGUAUAUUUACAAGAACGAGGCACCAAAGAUGCCGCUAAGGAAUAUAUGGAACUCGAUCGCGAGGUAAAUGGACCUUACUCGGUUCAGACCGUCAUGAAAACCAAGACGACAGAAGAUGGCAAAGAGGCAACAACACAGCGGCGAUUGAUGAUGACCAACGGCCAUCCUGGUGUGGAGGUCGACGAUGCUGCCAUUAGAAGAGGAGAAAAUCCUUAUACCAAAUACUACCAACAGCAAGGGGAGCAACAAUUGCCGGGUGAUUCUCAGGUAGGAGCUUACCCAGACUCAAUAAUGACCGACUCCUGA